AUGAAGAAGAACAUCGAGCAGUGCGGCGGAUUGUGGAUCACUGAUGUUGAUCUUGAAAUGUCGACGCACAUCAGCUCGAGCACACAAGGCAUUCAGUCCAACCUGAAUCUUUGGAUGAUGGUUUUCAGCAACGUGUCACAGCCCAUUCGACAAGAACUGUGUGCUCUGGAGGAAUUGGAUGCAUGGGAGACGUGGCAAUUUCUGGAGAGAACGUAUGGGAGAGACGUUCCCAUGAAGAUGCGUUCGGUCAAGGGCCUACGUGAUAUCAUAGGUAUCAAGUAUGACGAGUGUGCGUCAUUGAAAGAAUACAUAGAGAAGAUGGUGUUGUGCAGCCGAGCGAUUCAAUGUAACCGCGGAGAGAAAGAUGGUAGCAAUGGAGGGAAAUACAAUGGCCGCGGCAACCAUUUCAGAGGAGACGGAGCUAACGAAUGGCUAUGGUGCCAGCUCAUCUUGGUGAAUCUUGGUCCGAAGUGGGAGGCUUGGGUCUCUGAGCUGGUGGGGAAAUUCAAAGAUAAAGAGAGAAUGAAUGAAGCAAUCAGCACUUUCAGAGGACUAUUCCCAAUCAUCGAAGCAGAACAAGCACGUCGCAUGCAAGUCGCUCGUUACACGAAGAAUUCUGGUGCAUGA